AUGAUAGGGAGAAAUGUCAAGUAAUCUCUUGAUGUUUUGUGUCAUUCGGAUUUUAUGUAGUGUUUUUGGAAAAUCUUCCGCAGAAUAACUACAGAAAAAGAUUUGCAGUACAUCGUGAACAAACCACGCUUGGAAUUGUGAUUAAAGAAUUUUCAACUUUGUGACGAAACCAUAAAAUGUAUAAUAUUCCAUUGAAUCCGUAUAAAAUUUGAAGCCGGUCAAUAAAUCAUCUAUAAGAAAAUGUGGUCAAUGAGGAAACCGAAUUGUCUAUUUAACAGUCGACACCUGCGAUAUGCAUUACAGCAAACCAGUACAAAUCGCACUUCUCCGAGUGUGAAUUUUGGCACAAGUGUUAGAAUUGCGCAGAGUCCUAAGCAGGUGAAAGCAGCUAAAGAUGAGUUUUCAGCGGUUUUCAAACUAUUGAAUCGUUCGUCAAUCAAUUCAAUACCAAGUCAUUUUAUCGCACGCAAUUUGAGUACAUCAACGUGUCUGUUUGAGAAACAGAAAGAAACGGAUCAAGAUACACCGCAAAAGAGUUCAGGUGACGAGAAUAAAUCUAGUGAUCCGGACAAUAAACAAAGUAGUGGAAAUGAUGAUGACAAAAGGAAAAAAAGCAAAAAGUCAAUCGAAGAUAAAGACCGUGAAAAUAAUACAAACAAAAUGAUUGCAUACCUUACUAAGACCAUUCUGUGGCUUAGUUUAAUUUAUAGCAUCAGUUUUACCAUUUUUGUCGUAACAUCAAUUAUCGCCGGUGAUCGGGGCGGUGGUGGUGAUUCAGAAAAUUACACCAUUUCGUGGAAAGAAUUUGUACAAUAUAUGCUAGCAGCCGGCGAAGUAAAGGAGAUAAUUGUUCGACCUCAGUAUGAGUAUGUUCGCAUUGUACUGCAUGACGGAGCUGUCAUCAAUGGCCGUCGUCCAAGAUUCAACUCGUAUAUGCUCACCGUUCCGAGUGUUGAAAGAUUCGAACAGAGAAUUCGAGAGGUUGAGAAAUCAAUGGGCAUCGCCGAAGGAGUUUCAAUUCGAUACGAACGCUUCUCAGAACUUUAUAUGAAGUUGUUUGCAGGGGCCAUUGCUUGUGCUGUUAUCUACGCCAUUUUGAAACGAAUGCCGAGUGCCAGUUCGAUGGGCCGAGAUAAUUUCUUCCGAAUGGGCAAAGCGAAAGUGACCAUUAUCAACCCAUCGAGUGGUGGAAAGGGUGUUUAUUUCAAAGACGUAGCUGGAAUGCAGGAAGCCAAACAAGAAGUUAUGGAAUUCGUCGACUAUUUGAAGCGACCUCAGAAAUAUCAAGCACUUGGAGCUAGAGUUCCAAAAGGAGCACUUUUACUCGGCCCACCUGGUUGUGGUAAGACACUGUUGGCAAAGGCAGUUGCCACUGAAGCUAAAGUGCCCUUCCUCACGAUGAAUGGUUCGGAGUUUAUCGAAAUGAUUGGUGGUUUGGGCGCUGCACGUGUUCGUGAUUUAUUCAAAAGGGCCAAAUCGAAGGCACCAUGUAUCAUUUAUAUCGAUGAAAUCGAUGCCAUCGGAAGACAACGCUCCAAUACAACAUCGCCAACAUCUGGAGAGUCCGAGCAAACUUUGAAUCAAUUGCUGGUCGAAAUGGAUGGUAUGGCAUCAAAGGAAGGAAUUCUCAUGCUGGCUAGUACCAAUCGUGCUGACAUCUUGGAUAAGGCUUUGCUGCGACCGGGACGAUUUGAUCGACACAUCACUAUCGAUUUACCAACUUUAGCUGAGCGUAAGGAAAUUUUCGAAAAACACCUGAGCGGCAUUACACUGGAAAAAGAUCCAUCUACGUAUUCUCAUCGAUUGGCCGUUUUGACACCAGGUUUCAGCGGUGCCGAUAUUGCAAAUGUUUGUAAUGAAGCUGCACUACAUGCUGCUCGUUUUUGCAAGAAAUUCGUAGCAGAAGGUGAUUUGGAAUAUGCUGUGGAACGCAGUGUUGGUGGUACGGAGAAACGAUCCAAUUCGCUGAGCAAACUGGAGCGUCGAACAGUGGCUUAUCAUGAAUCUGGCCAUGCUUUAGUCGGAUGGCUAUUGGAGCAUUCAGACGUAUUGCAAAAGGUUACCAUUGUACCGCGAACAAAUUUAGCGCUUGGAUUUGCUCAAUACACACCACAAGAUCAGAAGUUAUUCACGAGAGAGCAGCUGAUUGAUAAGAUUUGCAUGGCUUUGGGUGGACGUGCCGCAGAGAAUAUCACAUUCAAUCGAAUUACAACCGGUGCUCAGAACGAUUUGGACAAAGUUACCAAAAUGGCCUUUGCAAUGGUCGCCAAAUACGGAAUGAGUAAAACCAUUGGACCAAUGUACGUGCCUGACGAACCCGAACAAAGCUACAACGAUGAAAAGCCAUAUUCAAAAGCCUUGGGCGAUUUAAUCGACAUCGAAUCAAGGCAAAUCAUUCAAAAUGCCUACUUCCGAGCUGAAGAAAUCCUGAAAACCAAUCGAGAUAAAUUAGUCACAUUGGCCGAAGCCCUGUUGAAACAGGAAACGUUGAACUAUGACCAAGUGGUUGAAUUGAUUGGACCACCGAAAUACGAUGCAGCCAAACGAAAGGUUGAACCAAUCGAAUUCGAACAGUCAUUGGAGAAUUUAUCGCAAACAGAAACACAAAGUCCCAGCCCAACAACCACACAGCAAUAGAUGUUUUUAUCUUUUAGUAUUCUGUUUUUACUAUUAGAUGUGUAUUUUGCAGAAGUUUUUUUAAAACAAAUAAAUUAUUAGAAAUCUGUUGAAAUUGAGGAAAAA